AACGCGAGAAAGCGCAGGACGGAGAGAGAGAGCGUAACCCGAUGAGGAGCGCUGGUUUUACUGAUAUUCUAAUAUUACAGCUCAUUUUCUGCUGUUUCUCCUCAUUUCUUUAUCUGCAGGGCGGUGGAAUCCUCACAGCAGACUGUCAGUGAGCAGCUGAGGCCAGCAGCUGAAUGUGUGUACCUGUGCCCCAGAGUUUGGAGAGAGAUGGAGAACAAUACCCACACUCUACCAUCGCUUUCUCCUCUCCAUUCCCCAACAAACCCUUCCAAAGCUCUUUCACUGUCACCAUCUCUUCCUCAGCCCUCUGCUACUGUCCCUGCCUCACUGCCUCUCUCCCCCCUGUCGCCCAUCCUUAACUCUUCUGGAGGGCAUAACCAGCACUGCCUCAGUCCUUCAGGUCCGACUGACCAGGAUGACCUGACCUGCCUCAACUGGCUGCACCAGAGGAACCUACUGCCCCUGCAGCCAAUUCCCAAAAUCCCCACACUGCCUCAGUUAGAGUCACUGGACCCACUCCCCAUCCAGAAUCGACCUCCUUCCCCAGCCAAGCCUCCGUUUUCCUUCAGCAGUCUCAUCUUCAUGGCGAUUGAAGACUCUCCAGAUAAAAGGCUUCCAGUGAAAGGUAUCUACGAGUGGAUCGUCAACAACUUUCCCUACUACAGAACAGCCCCCAGCGGCUGGAGAAACUCCGUCCGACACAACCUGUCCCUCAGUAAGAGCUUUCGGAGGAUACACCGGGACAAGAGUCAAUCCGUUGGAAAGGGGUCACUAUGGUGCGUUUGUCCAGAAUUUCGUCCUGCUCUUUUGGAGGUACUUAAGAAAACCUAUUAUUGUCACAGUAGCAGCAGCAAUUUACUGAACAGCCGCACAUUGUUGGAGGCAGCUGAGUAUGGACAGACUGUUAUUAUGGACACUACAGAAAUUUCAGACCUGGAUUCGAAUAACCCACCUCUGUCCUCCGACCCAUCCUGCUCUUUGAUCCCUGAUCACGAGGAGCUGGUUGCCAUGGAGUCGGUGGAACUGGAAGAAGAAGCCUGUGAAGAGCCGGAGAAGGACCCGCUCGCAGACAGCGGCUACAUCGAGUUCCACUAUUACCAGUGUCAGCAGUACCAGUACCUGGUUCUACCAGGAGAUACGGAACUGGACCUGGAAACUGUUGAGAUCCUGCAGCUUGAUGCUGAGGCUCAGGAGGCUGCAGGAUCACUGCUGGACUUGGCAGGAGGAAAUCACUGAUCACUGAUCAGCCACUGUCAGCUAAGUAUAAACAUCUUAAUGGAGAGAUGAAUAGGAUCAACUGUCAUGCCUUUUACAUCAUUUCCUUUGCUUUUGUUACUGACUGUUUUUCUAAAGAAACUGCCUGAAUUUUAUGUUAUUAUAGUGUUAUAUAUGCGCAGCGUUUGCAGCUGUUACUGAACAAUAAUGGUUGGAGUGAUAUAACAGGUAACUUCAGGAGAAAAUGGAUUUGGCCAUACAGCUUUUAGGUAGUGUGUAUAGCAUGCACACAUGUAUAAGGUACAAGAAAUAAAAGAAAGACUAACAUAAAUUGCUUUGGGAUGACUGAGUUUUGCACAAUAAAAUGAUUAAAGAACAAAAAUAAGGCCGAGUGGUCCAGCGGUCUAAAGUGCUAUGAGCAGGAGGUUGCAGGUUCGAACCCCAGCUCAUGCAGCUUUGCCUUCAAACUUCCGGCGUUUAGAAGAAAGCACAAUUGGCCCUGCUUCCUCUGGAUGGGUAGAUGGCGCUCUCUCCCCACAUCACUCCUAUGGUGAUGUCUGCAGCACAGGGCAUCUGUGAGCUGAUGUACCGGAACCGAGUCUCUGCACUGUCCUCCAAGCGCGCUGUGAUGCUGCUCGGCAAUGCUGCAUCAGCAGCAGCUCGAAAAGAAUAGGUGGCUGACUUCACAUGUUACGGAGGAAGCAUGUGUUAGUCUUAGCCCUCCUGGUGUGUUGGGGCAUUACUAGUGAUAGGGGGAGUCCUAAUGAGUGGGUUGGGUAAUUGGCUGUGUAAAUUGGGGAGAAAAUGGGAAAAAUUAGAAAUAAAAUUAUAGUAAAGAACAAAAAUAAGCAACAUUAAUUAGUUGGUUUUAAACUGUUCCAGUACAUACUGUCCACAUAAGAAAAAUAAACUGCAGAACAGACGGUUUUCAAUUUAAUCUAUUUUUUGGUUUCACAAAUAUCCGCUCAGUACCAGUUAAAAGUUUGGACACAUCUUUUCUCAUUCAGUGUGCCUUUUUUCUUUUAUUGAUUUUGUACAUUGUUAAUUUAAUAUUGAAGACUAUAUUAAAGCUAUACAGGAACACAUGCAGAACUAUUCUGUAACAAAAAGUGUUAAACAAACCAGAAUAUAGAGUUUUAUACUUUAGAUUCUUCUAAGAAGCACAUUUAUCUUUGAAGCCAGAUCUGCACACUCUUGGUAUUUUAAUCUCAGUGUCUCUUCAUGAGGGAGAGUCACCUGGAAUAAUUUUCUCAGCGUCUUAAAGGAAGGAGUUCCUUGAGGUGCUGAACAAUAGUUGCUUCUUUUCCUUCACACUGUAAAGCUCCAGCUCAUCCCAAAUCAAAUCAAAUCACCAUCUCAGUUCAUCAGAUUUAGAUCAGGGGAUUAAUGUGGAGGAUUAACACUUUUUUACUAUGUAAUUCCAUAUGUGUUUCUUUAAUUGUUUUCAUGAAUUUAAUAUUAAUCUACAAAGUAGAUUAGAGGUAAAGAAAAAUAAAGAAAAAAUAAAUGCAAAAGUGUGUCCAAACUUUUGACUGAUAUUGUAUAUCUAUUCAUUUAGCCCACGGCACUACAGACCCCCUUUCCCCUUCAUACUAGACUUAUAAGUAGUGUUUCAGCUUGUACUUGUUUUUUGAACGAGGCACUGAACAAAACAGCCAAUAAGAACAAUAAUAAACAGUCAGUUACGAAUAGCACACUUAAAGGUACAUUAGCAGAAAACACCUGUUUUAUUAUAAAUGAUAAAACAAGGUUUGAAAAUGCUAUUCAAAACAUAAUACAAAUAAUAGAUUAGACCUAUUUUUUUCAUUAAAAAAACACCAAAAAUAAACUAUAAAAGUAAAAUAUAUAACAAGUGCCCUUUAACAACAACAGUAUCUUUAUAUCUUUGUUUAUUUAAUUGUGUAGACAGCACUGUUUAUUGUUAGAGAAUAGACUUAGUGCACUUCCAUUAAUAGAGAUAGAUCAUUAAUUUAAACAGAUUGUACUGAAUUCUUGAUUCAUGAACUCUGGAUGGUAUAGAUUAUAAUAUGUUGUAUUUGAAAUAAACUGCCAGCAGCUCCACAUCUUCUUUAGGAUGUGCAUAGAAAAUGUAAUGUCUAAUCUUUGUUUGAUUAUUAACAAGGUGCAGUUGAACUGUUUUAACAUUCACUUCUGUUCAUUUAGUUAAACUGUUUAGAAGUGUGUUGAGCAGUUUGAAUGAAAAUGCCCCCUCUUUGUGUUUAUAUGUAACGCACUUGGCAAUAAACUUCUGAAGUGAUGACCA